AUGCGUUUACAUUUUCAAAAAUCAGUCAACAACGACUAUGAGUCGAAAAUUCUUCCGAAUUUCGAUAAUCGGCCAGUGAAUUUUUUUGUAAUUCAAUACGAUGAAAUACGCUAUGCUGAACAUCAUUUCACAAAUCUCGCCGGAUUAAAUUCAUAUUUAACAACCACGUCCUAUUCAAGUGAAGAGUUUUGUACGUGGAUUAACGUCGAAGGUAUUCAUCGAACUGAUAUUCUCGAUGAACUCUCGAUCCGAUUUAACAUUCAUUCGUUAACCAAAGAAGAUAUUUCAACGAUUAAUGAGCGAAUGAAACUUGAUGUACUGGAAAAUGGUUCGUGUAUUUAUUUGUUAUUACAAUUGAUUUACAUGUAUCGCGAUGCCAAUACCGAACUUGAUCAUGUUCAACAGGAACAAAUCUCAAUUUUGUUGAACGAAAAUAAUUUUCUGUUGACUUUUCAAGAAGCGAAAAGCGACACGAAUGCAAUCGAUGUUUUUCAAGGUGUUAAACAUCGUUUACGAAAUAAUCGAGGAAGAAUUCGUUCGUUGAAAAUCGAUUAUCUGUUUCAUUGUCUCUUCGAUGUGAUUAUCGAACAUUAUAUGUCCGUUCUCGAUCAUAUUAGUAUUAAAAUCGAUAUGCACGAAAAGUUAUUGAUGAAAAAACUGAAACAAAAUACAAAAGUUCACAAUUCAUUCCAAGGGAUGAACUUCGAACAAUUGAAAUCGAUGUUUGAUCUUAAACACGAUAUGCUAAGACUACGGAUCGUUUGUAAACCGUUACGAGACAUCAUUAUCAAAUUACAAAAAGCACACGAUCGGAUUCCGAUUGCUAAUCAAACUGUUCAUUCUCGUCGACAAUAUCGAAGGAAAAAACGACCGAAACAUAUCGCUCUGUCCGGAAAUUACUUUGCCAAUCCAAAUUCAGAUUCUCUCACUCGACGUUGGUCUUUAGGAUCAAUCCAAGGCAAAGCUCCGUUGUUCAACGAAUAUAUUUUCAUGUAUUUCAAAGAUCUCAACGAUCAUAUCUUACAAUUACACGAUCGAAUCGAUACAUAUUGUGACUUGAUUUCGAGUUCCAUGACGUUUUAUAUGAUAUUGAACGAUGCAGAAAUGAACAAGAUUAUGAGAUUCUUCACGUUCAUGUCGUCAAUAUUUAUUCCAAUGAUGUUUAUCGUUGGAUUAUUUUCAAUGAAUUAUCAAAAUUCACCGCCAUUAACUUGGCAUUUCGGAUAUUUUGUAACGCUUAUUGCCUUAGGCACUUGUGCGACUGUAUUGUUGAGCUUUUUCAAAUGGAAUCGAUGGAUAUGA